UGCAUGACGUCAUACAUUAAGUUUCGUGAGGUCGUCUCCUGUAAAUAAAAUAUUUCAUAGCUGUAGCGAUACACUGUAUUAUUUCACGUAUUUCCCAUGGAGAACAGAUUUAACUAAAUGCUGAUAGCACACUGUAGAGGGUGGCAGUCCUCUGCCAGCCUGCUUGCUGUCGCUCAGCUCGCUAGGCUAACUUUAGCGUGAUACUUAGCUGGUUAGGGCGCAGGUAUUAGCUAGCCAUUUAGCUAAUCAGAGGUUAUUACGGGAGGAAUCUAGCUUGUUUUCAGAGGCCUCUUUCUAAUUGAAAUGGACAUUUGAAAUGGCAGUAGCCUCUAACUGAACAGACGCGUAUCACAGACCACAGGUCAAGCUUGCCUUGAUGUUGGACCUCCUGCUUAGCAUGCAGCCAUGAGCUCUGCCCUGUGGAGCCAGGAGAAGCCCAGUGGGGGCUUCAGGGAGGACUGGCGCUUCUACAUGGUCAUAAAGGAGUGUACGGUGGAGAAGCCUCCCCAGAAGACCCUGAGAAUCCCCCGUGGCAGUCUCGGUCAGGCAUGCCAGGAGCGCAACAGCCUGGGGCGAACACUGCCCCCAUGCAAGGGUAAAAAAAGUCUCCGCAUCCUGGACCAGACCAACGUGGUGCUGAGCCUAGACGAGCGGGAUGUUUUGGAGCUGGAUGAGAAACUGGCUGAGCUGUUGUUUCCUAUUACCAACUGUGAAGAGCGGUAUGCACUGCUCUGCAACAAGUCACGGCUAGAGCGCGUCCGUGAUAUUGACUGUGGUUCGAAGGUGCGCGUACAGCUGCGGUCAGGGGAUGAACCUCUGCUCGGUGUGGUCCGCUUCAAGGGCUCGCUGCUUCCUGACAGAGCCCUCUCUGGAAUCUGGUUUGGGGUGGAGCUGCUGGAGGAGGGCCGGGGCCAGGGCUUCACGGAGGGCUCCUACCAGGGCCGCCAGCUUUUCCGCUGUGAGGAUGAGUGCGGUGUGUUCGUGGCCUUGGACAAGCUUGAACUCUGGGAGGAUGAAGACGACGAUGCCUUGGGCGAGCUUGAGGUGGACCACGUCAAUCUGGUGGAAGAGGACCAGGAAUUCCCUCCGUUGGAGAUCAACUCCAGGGUCCUGGUGCAGACCAGGGACGGGCCAGAGAGAGGAACCAUCAUUUUUUGUGACCUGCUGCCAGGAAAUGAGAGCCUGGGCUACUAUGUGGGAGUUGAUAUGGACAAUCCUAUCGGGGACUGGGAUGGUGUGUUCGAUGGGAAGUUGCUGUGUAAUUUUGCCAGUUUGGAGCACACUCGACUCGUCCCCAUCUGUGACGUAAUGCCAGAAUAUUCCAUGCAGGACCAAAGGCUGCAAAAGCACAGUUUUGCCCCCAGAGGCACCAACAGUGACAAGUCGUCCUCUGGCCAAAGCAAACCAAAGAGCAAAGGAUUAGGUCAUCAGUGUGGCAGUAGAAGCAAGUCUGAAUUUUACUAUACUUUAAAUGGCAGCUCUGUUGAUCCCCCAGCCCAGUCCAAAUCCAAAAGCACAUGGUACAUUGAUGAAGUUGGGGAGGACCCCGCCAAGUCACUUACUGACACGCCCCCUGACUUCAACCAGUCCUCCCCGCCCUCCAGAGCCCCGCCCUCUGCCUCGUUGUCCAGUGACAACAAGUUCCACUCUCUGCCCUUCAGCCUGAACAGGAAGACCGGGCCCAUUGACAGCAUGAGCCAUGGGCCUCUCUCCCUCUCUGUCCAGUCGGUGAUGGGAGAGCAGCCCGAGCCCCCGUCACCUGCUGCCCCUCCCUCGCCGCGGCCUUCGACGCCUCCUCGAGGACAGCCAGGUCUGGAGGUGGGCUCUCUGGUGGAGGUGAAGGAGAACCCCCCUCUGUGUGGUGUCAUCCGCUGGGUGGGCCUGCCUCCUGGCCUGCUGGAGCCUUUGGCUGGGCUAGAACUGGAGGAAGAGUGCCCUGGUUGCACUGACGGAACCUUCAAAGGUACACGGUACUUCACCUGCCCCCCCAAAAAAGCCCUGUUUGUGAAGCUCAAGUGCUGCCGGCCUGACUCCCGCUUCCCGUCCCUGCAUCACUCCUCCAACCCCAUAGAGCGAUGCAACUCCAUCGCAUUUGGGGGUUAUCUAAGUGAGGUAGUACACGAGAACACGCCUCCCCGCACAGAGAAUGAUGGUCUGGAUGUCAUGGUGGGAAAAAAGAAAGGCAUCCAGGGCCACUACAACUCCUGCUACCUGGAUUCAACCCUCUUCUGUCUUUUCUCCUUCAGCUCUGUACUGGACACGGUUCUGCUGAGACCACGCUCAAAGACCGAUGUGGAGUAUUACAGAGAGACCCAAGAGCUGUUACGCACAGAGAUAGUCAACCCCCUGCGCAUACAUGGGUAUGUUUGUGCCACUAAAGUGAUGAAGCUAAGGAGGAUCCUGGAGAAAGUAGAAGCUGCGUCUGGGUUUACGUCGGAAGAAAAAGAUCCUGAGGAGUUCCUUAAUAUCCUUUUCCAUCACAUACUGAGGGUGGACCCAUUGCUCAAGCUAAGGUCAGCAGGACAGAAGGUCCAGGACUGUUACUUUUACCAGAUCUUCAUGGACAAGAAGGACAAGGUGGGAGUUCCCACCAUCCAGCAGCUCCUGGAGUGGUCCUUCAUCAACAGCGACCUAAAGUUUGCAGAGGCUCCCUCCUGCCUUAUCAUCCAGAUGCCCCGCUUUGGCAAGGACUUCAAAAUGUUCAACAAGAUUUUCCCCUCACUAGAGUUAGACAUCACAGACCUUCUUGAAGACACUCCAAGGGAAUGUCGAAUCUGCGGAGGCUUGGCUCUCUACGAGUGUCGAGACUGUUACGAGGACGGGGAUAUCACGGCUGGCAAGAUUAAACAGUUCUGUGAAAAGUGCAAUACACAGGUCCACCUCCACCCGAGGAGGAAAGCCCAUCGGCACGGCAAACUGUCUGUCCCCAAGGAGCUGCAAGAAGGUACGGGGCGGCAGGGCAGUUUCCCCCGCCAGAGGAUGGAGCUGUUCGCCGUGCUGUGCAUCGAAACCAGUCACUACGUGGCCUUCGUCAAGUACGGCACUGCAGAUUCCUCAUGGCUCUUCUUCGACAGCAUGGCUGACCGUGAUGGAGGGCAGAAUGGUUUCAACAUCCCCCAGGUGUCUCCCUGUCCGGAGGUGGAGGCCUACCUGAAAAUGACCCCAGAGGAGCUGCACACCCUGGAUCCCAAGAGCAUCCAGGGCCAGGCCCGACGCCUGCUGUGCGAUGCCUACAUGUGCAUGUACCAGAGCCCGACCAUGAGCCUGUACAAGUAGAAUCCUCUCCCCAACCCCUCCACCCUUGCCUCUCAGCCACACCACCUCCCCCUCCCCAAGGGCAGGAGAUUGCCAGAAAGUCCAAAAAUGAAAAAAAAAAACUAAAAGAAGAAAGGCUGCCUGCCAGCAGGGGUGCUGUCCGGAGUUAACCCUCUCCAGCCCACCUCUCCUCGAUGCCUGCCCAUCUCCGGAGGCUAGAGAGAUGGAAGAGAAGCCUAUUUGCACUGUGCAUUAGUUGUUGUUGUGUUCUUCACGUAGUCCGAUGUAGCUUCCCUUUGUCUCACAGCCUAGCGUGGGUGGUGGAUGAUGAAGCAAAGGUAGGCCUGAUGACGAUUCACUCUCUGUUCAGGGGAGGAAGGGGGAGAAGAUGGGUGGGAGGGCAUGUUCGCGUCGCCGCGGCUGACAACACAUCUGCAACAAAAACAAGAUGAGCUAGUGGGAGGACCCACCUCAUUUACCUUAAGAAAAGAGGAGUCCUGCUAUUCUUAAUCACUGUAAAAAACGGGAGCUUUCCAUAACGCCACAUUAAGGAAGCAAUGCAGUGCGCAAAUCCUCAUCCAACCUGUGUGUACGGUUCUAAAAACUUGUGUAAAAUCUCUUAGUAGCAUAGAUUUCUCCAGGUAGUAACAUCAACAGUAUAGAUGUCAACCUACUGUGCAGUCGCAUUAAGACCAGAGUAUUCUGCUCUCUGUGAACCGGUUUGCAUAUUUUCCCAUCACGCUGUGUAAAUGUCUUUACAGUACAUGUUUUGCAGAAACAGAUGUAGCCAUUGUAAAAGUCUCAUGUUUUACUGCACACUCAACCAAUGCUGCACUUUUGCUCCAUCCAAAAGUGGACCUAUCAGGAAACAUUUAGGUUUAGCUCUUCUUUUUUUUUCUCCCAUUGGAAGUCACAGUGAGUGCUAAUUUGUUGGUUGGGAGACAUCAGAGUUUUGUGUUCCAGAAUACAAAUGUGCUUCUCCUCUGUAGCUGUAAAGAGCGCUCUGCAUUGCUAAUGCAGAGUAGAUGCCAGAUAAAUGCAUGAAGGGAGUACAAUGGCUCCUGUUGUAAAGCUGGUUGGUGGAGCACUCCAUGCAUUCAUAGGGUCAAUGAGGUGAAAUACUGGAAAUGUCUGACUGUUUUCUUUAAAGUAAGAGACUAUGAUGUGAAGAAUUUCACAUGUGGCGGGUUUUUUUUAAUUUAUUUUUUUAAGUCUCUGACUCAUUGUGUUGAUGACUAAAUCUAAAUUAUAUUGUGUUUACAAAGCCUUUUCUCUGUAUUGACUCUCGCUGCCUUCCAUGAAGAUGUGACAAGCAAUGCAAGUUUCCCGCCAUGCACCAGAUAACAAAACAAUUGUGAUCAAAUACUAUUAUUUAUUUUAUUCUAAUCCUAUUACAAACUCAUAUGUCGUCCCUUUUUAAGAAAAUGAAAGCAGGGUUUGAUGAUACUGCUUUGGGUACUCCUUGUUCUCUAUCACAAUAUAUUGAAGUGAGUUAUUGUAGUUUGCACCACCUCAUAGCAACUACUGAAUGUUAAUAGUGACAUGUUAAACAGUGUAGAGUAAAGAAAGGAUGGGUAAUGAAUGGGGGUAAAAAAACAAGGCUGCUAACCUUGGGGCACCAUAUAUAUGUAUUUAAAGAAAAACAUUUUUAUUAAAAAUGUAAAGGCAGAAUGAGUAGGAUUUGUUCGUUACGGUUUUUAAACCACAUUCAAUGUUGGCCCCUACUGAAUGAUACCGGAAGAGCACGCGCCCUGCUCUCCUUCCUUAUCCUCUCCUUCAGUGCUCGCCAGCGGCUGAAAGGCCAACCCCAGAUUCACUUUCAUUUUGGUUUGAGCUUUGUCCAAUUGCCGUUUCACCUCGCUAUAUUUUUCUAUUUUUUCGGCACUGUGUCCACCAUUUUAGUCGCGUUCUCUUAGAUGCGCGCUUACAAUCUGGCACCAUUUUUUGUUGUGGAGUCCAGCCCUCACACCUUGCGUGCUGGGGCUUGGGGCUACACACCCAGUGCCCAAAGGCGUACGCCCAGAAACGUCCCGCACACAGAAAAAUGAAGAAGGAAAAAAAAGGCAGAGGGCAGGGUCUGUGCGGAUACAGACACCGCCACACACUUCUAGUGGGUCAUAAGGAAUGAUUGAGAGGGAUUAUUUUUGUAUUAGUGUAACCAUUGAUUUUUAGGAAAAUCCUACUCAUAUUGCCUUUUAAAAUUUCCUUGAUUCCAUUGUAUUCCAAUUGUAAAGAGUACCUAAAGCAUACCCGUCAUGGACUGAGCUAUAAAGUAGUUGGUUUUUAUAUAUCACACAAAAUUGGAUAAACAAAGUCAAGAAAUGCACAUGUUUGCAUCAGCAUUAUAUAUAUUUUUCCUAAAUCACAACUUAAUCAUGGAUUUAGUUGUGAGUAUAAAGUAAGUGUGUGAGGGCGUUUUUAUAAAUUAGGUUCCAGCUGACAACUUCCAUUUUGCUCCGUGGUCGUUUCCACUGUCCCAGGGAUCCUGACAGGGGACCUUCCCGUGUGAACGUUUUGUGAACGUUUUCUGCACUGCUGAAGCUGGUCACUGACUGGAGCCUUGUUCUCUAUGAGAGAAGUCUCAGAACAGAGGAUGGGAUCUUGAUUUUAUUUUAUUCUGUUGCAUCUGUACAGUAUAGACAUAUGUAACGGGUGAAAAAUUAAUGUCAGUGAUGUUCCUGUAAAUGUUAACAAAAUAAAGCCCAUUUUGAAGGGUACACGGCAUGGUUCUGAGUGGUGUGAUGACCGAUCUUGCAUAUUUUGCACGGCCAGUGUAGGUGAGCAUCAGGGAUUGAGGAUAAUCUUUUGCAGAUGCGUUGGGUUGGCGGUGGAUUGGUAUGUUUUAAGAUAGGCAUAUAGUCACAAAUAUUUUAUCCCAGGAAAUAAAAUUAUGCAAGUGU